AUGGUCUCCAUGUCUCCAUCUUCUGACCCCGAACGCCAUCCCUUGAAGAAUGGGUCUCCGGCAAAAGUUCAUUAUAUAUCGAUUCCAGUUCAUCGAGGGCCGGUCGAGGGCCCGGCAGGAGAGGGUGCAGGGUCCACGGGGGCAAGAAGGCAGUCUAUUUUAGAUCAUCCUAUUGGAUCUUUUCGUGGCGUUAACUCGUUGGGAAGGUUUGCGACAUCUUUUCAGCGUGCCAACUCCUUCAGAGCUAUCGAGCUAAAUCGCGAUAAGGAGCGGUCUUAUUUGACUGAUGAUCAGGAUGCUCUGUAUGACCCUAAUACUUUGGGACCUUCGGCAAAUGGUCGCAAGCUUUCCGUAGCAUUAAAUGCUCCCGGGUCCAUCACUGUUCGCCCCUCUGCCUUGGACUUGUAUGGAUCCUCCGGGUCUGCACGUCAUGAUAGCCACCCCUUUGACGAUGACAUUGAGGACAGCUCAGCAGUUAGAAGUGUGUUUUCUGGGGACCAGAACAUACCGCUGAGACCUCAGAUCUCUUUCCAGGAUUUCAAUAGUGCCACGCGCGCUGAUUCUAUCAUUUUGAAGCAGGUCGAAACCAAAGAUGGCAAGACAGUGACGGUUCUCGCUGGUCAAUCCACAGCACCACAAACAAUUUUUAAUUCCGUUAAUGUGCUGAUCGGUAUUGGGCUUUUUGCUUUACCUUUAGGUUUAAAAUACUCGGGUUGGGCCCUCGGUGUGCCACUACUCCUAACUUUUGCAGCUGGAACUUUUGGCAGUGCCGAAUUAUUAUCUCGCUGCCUAGAUACAGAUCAGACGAUGAUAUCCUAUGGAGAUUUGGGGUAUGCAGCGUUUGGAUCUAAAGGACGUGCGUUAAUUUCCUUUUUGUUCUCUCUUGACCUUAUGGGUUCUGGGGUAGCUCUGGUAAUUUUGUUUGGUGACUCCUUGAACGCCCUGUUUCCUCAAAGAUCAACUACAUUCUUCAAGAUUCUGGGAUUUUUCGUCUUGACACCGCAAUCGCUGAUACCUCUAAAUGUUCUCUCAAAUAUUUCGCUCAUGGGUAUUAUAAGCACCAUAAGCACUGUAUUCUGCGUCCUUUUCUGCGGUUUAUACAAGACUUCUAGCCCUGGCUCAUUAAUCCAGCCUGAACCAACGCAAAUGUGGCCUUCAUCCUGCCACGAGUUUUUUCUUUCCAUUGGGCUUUUAAGCGCCUGCUGGGGUGGGCAUGCCAUUUUCCCCAAUCUUAAGAGUGACAUGAGACAUCCCGACAAAUUCAAAGAUUGUUUGAAAACGACCUAUUUGGUCACGGCUUUAACUGACCUGGGAAUUGCCAUUAUUGGAUUCCUCAUGUUCGGAAUGAGCGUCGCGGACGAAGUUACUAAAAGUUUGAUGCUAACAGAAGGUUAUCCGGCAAUCAUUUAUAUCCUGAUGUCCGUAUUGAUGGCUGUUAUUCCUAUAGCCAAAACCCCACUGAAUGCCAGACCUAUUGCGUCAGUUCUGGACUCUCUUAUUGGCAUUGAUUCAAUUCCUGGAAAGGAAAAUUUCUGGGUCAGGUUUUUGCAGGCCGGAAAUAAGAUAAUUGUGAACGCGGCAUUUGUGCUGAUUGCAAUCAAGUUCCCAGCAUUUGACAAAUUCAUUGCCUUCUUGGGUGCAGGACUUUGUUUCAUGAUAUGCUUAAUAUUGCCCUGUCUUUUCUAUAUGAGAUUGUGCUCGGCCACUAUAAAGUCAUGGGAAAAGGUAUUGUGCAUUGCGACAAUCAUACUGAGCGCAAUGAUGUCCGUUUUGGGUAUUGGGGCUACGUUUUUCUAG